AUGAGUGGUCAGAAGAAACCGUGGUGCGCCACCACUGAAAACUUUGAGAAGGAUAAGAAGUGGGGAUUCUGCAUAGGGCCAAUCAAAACACAUGGCGGGAAUGCCAAAGAUGGCAACUGCAUAUUCCCCUUCCGUUACAAGGGGUCGUACCAUUACAGAUGUCUCCAAUAUGGCGUGAAAACGUGGUGCUCCACGACUGCUAACUAUGACAGUGACAAGAAGUGGGGCAACUGCAAAGAAAUAAAGAAAGUGUGUAAAGUUGGAACGAUGUGGGAUGGCAAAAAGUGCAUCAAGUUGAAGUCACAGGUUAUCAGCCUUUUCCCCAAGGCGGAUGUCCUCUUUCUCGUUGACGCAUCCAAACUGGUUUCAAAGACCCAGUUGGAUAAGAUCAAGGCAUAUCUCCAUAACGUCCUCCGUAAGAUCCCGGUCAGCCCCGAUUCAAUAAGGAUUGGCAUUGCACUCUUCGGGAAGAAAGUCAAAGAUCUAACUUGGUUCAACUCGUUCAAGAAUCGAGAAGGUUACCACAAGAAGGUCCAGAAAAUCAGCAACAUUGGCGAGUUUGGAGAUCUCGCUGAAGCUCUCAAGUACGCCAGGACGAAAGCAUUCACACUUAAGCACGGGAGUAGGAAGAAGUCGCCCCACGUGAUCUUUGUCAUGUCGUCUGGCCGAAUAAACAAACCAAAGAAUGCCAUCAAGGAGGCAAAAAGUACUGGUAGUGCUGGAUUUCGGAUUUUUUACGUUGCUGUUGGGCCAGGUCCUGAUAGCAAGACCAUCGUUGCUAUCACCAAGGCGGGCAAAGGUCAUUUCCUGUUGGCGACGGAAUCGAGGCUGCUCAAGCAUAUCUACUGGGUCUUCAAGGUCGUUGUCCAUGUGACCAAAGCUAAAUGCCCGGGUGGAUAUAAAAUGAUCAGGUCGAAAUGUUAUGCGAAAUGUGAUCAUGGAGAAAUCAUGAUGGAGAAUGGGGAAUGCAAGAAAGACAAGAAAUGCAAGAAAGGGUUCGAACAUGAUAAGACAGGGAAGUGUGUUCCUAAGUGUCAGAAGGGAUAUGAACAUGUCAAGAAGAGUUGUAAGAAGAAGUGUAAAAAGGGCCUGGUGCGCAAUAAGAAGGGGAAAUGUGCAAAGAAACCUAAGUGUAAGAAGGGAGAAGUCUUGAAGAAGGGAAAAUGUGUUAAGGCAGCCAAGAAACCAAAGAAGUGUAAAAAGGGAGAGGUCUUGAAGAAGGGAAAAUGUGUUAAGGCAGCCAAGAAACCAAAGAAGUGUAAGAAGGGAGAGGUAUUGAAGAAGGGAAAAUGUGUUAAGGCAGCCAAGAAACCAAAGAAGUGUAAAAAGGGAGAGGUAUUGAAGAAGGGAAAAUGUGUUAAGGCAGCCAAGAAACCAAAGAAAUGUAAAAAGGGAGAGGUCUUGAAGAAGGGAAAAUGUGUUAAAGCAGCCAAGAAACCAAAGAAGUGUAAGAAGGGAGAGGUCUUGAAGAAGGGAAAAUGUGUUAAGGCAGCCAAGAAACCGAAGAAGUGUAAGAAGGGAGAGGUCUUGAAGAAGGGAAAAUGUGUUAAGGCAGAGAAGUGCAAAUGGGGCUGGACACAUGACAAAUCUGGAAAAUGUGUACCAGUGUGCAAAAAAGGGUUUGCUUUGUUCAAAAAGAAGAAGUGUAUAAAGGCGUGCAAGAAGGGACUGAAGUGGGAUGAUAAAGGAAAGUGUGUAAAGGGUUCAAAGUGCAAGAAGGGACAAGUCUUGAAGAAGGGCAAAUGUGUAAAAGCACCAAAAUGCAAGAAGGGACAAGUCUUGAAGAAGGGCAAAUGUGUAAAAGCACCAAAAUGCAAGAAGGGACAAGUCUUGAAGAAGGGCAAAUGUGUAAAAGCACCAAAAUGCAAGAAGGGAGAAGUCUUGAAGAAGGGCAAAUGUGUAAAAGCACCAAAAUGCAAGAAGGGAGAAGUCUUGAAGAAGGGCAAAUGUGUAAAAGCACCAAAAUGCAAGAAGGGACAAGUCUUAAAGAAGGGCAAAUGUGUAAAAGCACCAAAAUGCAAGAAAGGAGAAGUCUUAAAGAAGGGCAAAUGUGUAAAAGCAACAAAAUGCAAGAAGGGAGAAGUGCUGAAUAAAAAGGGCAAAUGUAUUAAAGCCAAGAAAUGCAAGAAGGGUUGGAAGCAUGACAAAUUGGGCACAUGUCUGCCGGUAUGCAAAAAGGGGUUUGGGUUGUUCAAAAAGAAGAAGUGUCUAAAGGUGUGCAAGAAGGGAUUUGCAUGGGACAAGAACGGAAAAUGUGUAAAAGGACAAAAAUGCAAGAAAGGUUUUAAACUAGUCAAGGGAAAAUGUACCAAGGCAGUCAAGUGCAAAAAGGGUGAAAUCAUUGUGAAAGGAGCUUGCAAGCCGAAGUGUAAGAAGGGGGAGGUCAUCGUGAAGGGCAAAUGCGUCAAGAAAGUCAAGUGCAAGAAGGGAGAGAUUAUUACCAAUGGUAAAUGUGUGAAGAAGCCAAAGUGUAAGCCGGGCGAGAAGAUCGUUAAGGGCAAGUGUAUUGGGAAGAAGAAACCAGCUGCACUGGACAUCUGUCCACCUGGGAAGGUCCACCAUGGCAAGAAAUGUGUCAAGACAUCUGUGACCUGUCCACCUGGCUUCUUGUUUGUGAUGAACAAAUGCAGACUGAAAGGUGAGAAGUGUGAGACAGGCUUCAUGAAGAAGUGGAACGUGUGCAUCCCUCAUCAACCAGAGCAUGAUACUGAUAUCAUAAUGUGCAGCAAGGGCAAGGUCUUAUUCGGUGGGAAAUGCACGCACAUUAUCAUGGUUCCUCUCCCCAAGAAUUUCCACCCGAAGGUUGACUUGGUGUUCCUGGUCGAGACCUCCUCAGCCAUGGGCCUCAAGCUAAUGAACGCAGCCAAGGCGUUCCUUCACAAUAUCAUUGUCAGAUUACCAAUCAAAAAGACGGAAAUUCGAGUGGCAAUCUUUUCAUUUGACACCAAGGUUGUUCCACUCUCAUGGCUGAACAGCCACAAGAAAGGAAGCCUGUACUUGGCCGACAUCAAAAAGAUCAAAUACACCGGAGGAAAAGCGAAAAACAAACCCGGACUGUUAGGUGAAGGUUUGAAAUACAUAUUCUCAAAUGCAUUCGCGAAGCCCAAGGGUGGUAGGACAGCGAAGAAGGUACCUCGUAUCGUUGUUGUGCUCGGAAGCGGCCGGACCCAGAAGCCAAAAGAUGCUUAUGCAUCCGCCACGAAACUCCGAACCAAGGCUGCAUCGGAUAUCUUCAUGGUUUCGAUCGCGGAGAAGCCGGAUAAGAAGAUGAUGAAGCGUGUGGCCAAGCCUGGCCACUCGCUUGUGAUUGGGAAAUCGGAUGGCCUGAAGUACGUGCACUGGAUGUACCACGUUGUCAUGAAGGUCACCAAGACAGUGCCUGAAUGUCGACCAGGGAAGGUGAAGGUCGCCGGCAAAUGCAUCAAGAAGGGUGAACUUGAGAUCGAACUCGAUCUCCUACUCGUCCUUGACCCCUCCAAGGCCAUGGGAAAAGCAGCCUUCGAGAACACCAAGAAAUUCAUAAUAUUCCUCAUCGAGAAAGUGAGACUGGGAAAAGACUUUGUCAGAUUAUACAUCCUCUAUGUCAAAAGUGGCAAAAUAAGCGAACUGAAACUGUUCGGGCCAAAUAAGCUGGCUGCACAGAAGAAGAAAUACAUCAAACAAGUAAACGGGCUCAAAUAUGAGGGAAAGAUGUUCCCUAUGACGGAUAUGUUUAAGAAAGUGAAGACGGUCAUGGUAGGCAAGGGGUUCAAACGAAAAUGGGUCCAUCGUGCUGUGCUUUUAUUUGGAGGCUUGAAGCCAGAGAAGAAACAGCGUAUACUAGUCAGGAAAACUAUCUUGGAGGUAAUCGCUCUGAGGUCAUUCGUUUAUUAUUUCGCUGUGGGCACCGCAAAGGACAACAAGUUCUGGGAAGCCAUCUUGCCGAGGACUUUCAUAAUCAGGAAGAUAGUGCCGUCUGGUGGCUGGCUGCAGAAGAAGGUCUCGCAUAUUGUCCAUGAGGUCAAACAGCCCGGGUGUAUGCCUGGUUACUAUCUGUUCAAGAACAUCUGCAAUCGUGCCCCGAUUUGCGACAAAAAUGAAACUUGGGACAAGAAAAAACAGAUUUGCAUCAAAGGCAACAAAAAGGCCCCUAAAUGUCAAAAGGGAGAUCGCUGGGACAGGAAGACGAUGGGGUGUGUCUCAGGGGCGAAGGUGCUCAAACCCACGAAGAAGAUAAUCCCUAAGGUGAGGUGCCCGAAAGGGACAGAGAGGAAGAAGGACGUCUGUGUGCCUAAGUGUCCGAAAGGCUACGCGUUAAAGAACGGGACUUGUCAAAAGUCGUGUCCAAAGGGAAUGAAAGCGUUCGGAAAGAAAUGUAUCAAAACGGACGUAGCUCCACAUAUAAAGGGACGGAAGCCCAAAGAAGUGGUAAAGAAACCCAAGGUGCCAACCGGGGGGAUGGGGAAAGCGGUUAUCUGUCCAGCAGGAAAGCAGAACGUCAAGGGAAAAUGUGUUAAAAGUGGAGAUGUGUGUCCCCCAGGUUAUGCCAAGUCUGUCGCUACUGGCCAAUGUCUCAGAAAUGCUAGUGCCAAGUGUCCGAAAGGAACGCAUCCGAGUGGAGGCGUCUGUCUUAAAAAUCUCGGAAACGGCCACGGGUGUACUGCAAACCAGUAUUGGCUUGAAGGAAAAUGUGUUGACCGUGAUGAAAAAUGCCCAGACGGUUUCAAGAAAGGCAUCCACAAGUGUGAGAGGAUCCAUCAUCAUGGCAAAUGUCCCAAUGGGGAGGAGAGACGACACGGCAAAUGUCCAUCACUUACUGCCCGCUGUCAGCCUGGUACCAAACUGGAUAAGGCCAGCAAUAUGUGCUUAAGAAAGGAAGUUGAUGCCAAAUUGAUCAAAAAUGCCAAACCAGUUCAUCUGGCCCGCCAAGGUCCCAAGGUUAAGGUCACAAAGGCAGCACUGCCUGGCACAAAGAAAUCACCACUGAUGAAACCAGCACCACCGGCAGGGAAGCCAAUGAAACAAGGUGUUCUCAAAUUGGUUGCCAAGAAGACAGAUGCACUAAAAGCAAAGGCUACCGCACCAAAGAAAAAGGCCACACCAAAAGCAAAACCUGUUGCAGCAAAGGUAAAACCCGCGGCCAAAAAGAGUGGUAAGAUCACCAUGUCAAAGAAGGACUUGGCAGAGUUUCUCAAAUGGAAGAAGAAUAUAAAAGGGGCAGCAGCCAAGAAGCCCGCAGCCAAGAAACCAGCUGCCAAGAAGGCUGCACCAGAGAAAGCUGCACCAGAGAAAGCUGCUGCUGAAAAGGCUGAACCAAAGAAAGCUGCUGAAAAGAAGGCUGCACCAGAUGCUGCACCCAAAAAGGGAACAGGGAAGUUCUCAGUUUACAUGUCACCAAUGAAAGCAUUUGUCAAGAAGGACCAUGGCAAAUGUCCACCAGGUUACAUUCCAAAGGCAAAGCUCUGCUACAGAGGAAAAGCGAAAUGUGACAAAGGCUUCCACUACGUCAAGUCAAGGGACCUCUGCCUCUCCGAACUGCAUUCCUGCCCAGAGAAAUACGAUCAGAAAGGACAUGAAUGCGUAGAGAAAGAUCAUGAAUGCAGUCCACACUUCCACAAGCUUUCACUUCGAUGUAAAAAGAAGUCAAGUGUAACAAAGGAAGCUCAACCCAAGAAAGCUGCACCUAAGCCAGCUGCACUGAAGGAAGCUGCACCUAAGCCAGCUGCUCCAAAACCAGCUGCUCCAAAACCAGCUGCUCCAAAGAAAGCUGCUGAACUCGCAGCACCGAAAAAAGAGGCACCUAAACCAGCGGCACCCAAGCCAGCUGCGCCAAAGGAAGAUGCUGCAAAACCAGCUGAACCAAAGAAAGCCGCAGCUAAGCCUGCUACACCUGAACCAGGUGCACCAAAAAAAGCUGAACCAACGAAGGCCGCACCUAAGCCUGUUGUGCCUGAACCAGCUGCAAAAGAAACAAAUGCAGAAAAGUCUUCAAUCUAUAUGACACCUCUGAAAGCAGUAGUCAAGAAGGAUCACGGCAAAUGUCCACCCGGUUACGUACCAAAGGCUGAACUCUGCUACAGAGGAAAAAGGAAAUGUGACGAUGGUUUUCACUAUGUGAGGACCAGGGAUCUCUGCCUGUCGGAAUUGCAUGCAUGCCCAGACAAAUAUGAACAGAAAGGACAUGAGUGCAUUGAGAAAGGUCAUGCCUGCCAACCACACUUCCACAAGGUGUCACAGUUAUGUAAGAGUAAGGCAGCCGCAAAACCAGCUCCGAAAGCAGCUCCGAAAGCAGCUCCGAAAGCUGCCCCGAAAGUAGUCCCAGCCAAAGAAGCCCCUGCAAAGAAAGCGGCCCUGGCCCCCAAGAAGAAAUGUAAAAAGGGCGAGAAGCUAAUCAAAGGCAACUGUGCCAAAAUGAUGGUGCUUAAGGGAGUGAAAAUUAACAACAUACAGGCGCAGAACCCGUUCUCUAAAGCAACAAGUAAUGCCCUUGCAAAGAAAGUGAAACCAAAUGCUGGCAAGUGCGCAAAAGGUUUCCAGAAAGACAAGGAGGGCAAUUGCGUUAAAAGCCUAAGAAGAAGAAAGAGAGGCAUACAUCAGGAUGUCGACAUCAAGAAACUGGUCGCCAAAUUACAAAAGAUUCGCCACAAACAUCCCAACAAACAUGGGUCAGCUGCACCAGAUACGGCUGAGAAAAAACCUGCCGCAAACCCCAAAAAGGUUCCCGUGAAACCAAAGGUUUCUGUUAAACCAAAGAAAGCUGCUUCUAAACCAAAGAAGGCUGAUGUUAAACCAAAAUUGUUUGCUGCAAAACCCAAGAAAGCUGCUUCUAAACCAAAGAAGGCUGAUGUUAAACCAAAACUGUUUGCUGCAAAACCAAAGAAAGCUGCUUCUAAACCAAAGAAGGCUGCUGAUAAACCCAAGAAAGCUGCUUCUAAACCAAAGAUGGCGGCUGAUAAACCCAAGAAAGCUGCUUCUAAACCAAAGAUGGCGGCUGAUAAACCCAAGAAAGCUGCUUCUAAACCAAAGAUGGCGGCUGAUAAACCCAAGAAAGCCGCUUCUAAACCAAAGAUGGCGGCUGCAAAGAAAACAGUUAAACCGGUGACGAAGCCAGGGUCGUCAAGUUUAAAUGAAAUAGAUGAACCUAUUCACCCGCACAAAAUCACCAAGGCACAUCAUAAAAAGUGCCCUCCACAUUUCAUUCGGAUCUCACACCGAUGCGUCAGAGUCAAAAAGAAAUGCCCAUCUGGCCAGCAUUUGCUCCACAACAGAUGCGUAAACGACAAACAUAAUUGUCCUGGUGGCCACUUGGACAAAAAAGGAAAAUGUAUUCGCGACAAACCCAACCACUGCCCACCCGGCUACAAGCCCCUUUCCUUCCUGUGCGUCAAGAUGAAUGGGAAGCGCCGAAUAAUAGACCCCACACGUAAACCUAAGGAGAAACCUACUCCAAAGAAGGAAGAGCCGACAACUAAAAAACCAAAGAUAACCACACCCAAACCACAACCUAAAGAAACAGACAAGCCAACAAAGAAACCACCAAAGGCGAAGAAAGUUGCUUUGAAGCCAAAGUGUCCUGGAGGUGGGAUGAACGUGGGUAAAGACAGAUGCAUGGAGGUGAAGUGUACCCCAGGCUUCAAGAAGAAGGGCAUCAAGUGUGCACAAACCAAAUGCCCGUUGGACAAGAUUACUGCCUGUUUGGUGGUGAAAUGCCCAGCUGGCUUCAAGAGAAUCGGACAGACUUGCUUCCGUAUGGUGUGUGCCUACGGUUACAAACUGGUCAAAGGGAAAUGUGUCCUUGAUAAAUGCCCGUCAAACUACCAGAAGGUAGGCAAUACCUGCAUUCGCUACAUCUGUCCUCCUGGAUAUGGCCUUAACAAAGACGGAACUUGCAUCUUGAAAACCUGCCCGAAAGGCUUUGAGAAAGCAGAUGGAAGUUGCAUCAGAAUCCGAUGUCCAGAGGGAUACAAGCUUAAGAAUCAUAAAUGCAUAUUGGUCAAGUGUCCUGUGGGCUUCAAGAAGGUUGAUGAGAGAUGUGUCCGCUAUCGAUGCCCUGAGGGAUACAAACUUACUGGAGAUGGCCACUGCAUAUUGGUGAACUGCCCAGUCGGCUUCAUCAAGUACCAUGGAAAAUGCAUACGAAUAAGUUGUCCGAAGGGAUACAAGCUCUCUGGAAUGAAAUGCAAACUCGUCAGUUGUCCACCAGGCUAUAAGAAGAUAGGCAAGAAGUGUAUCAAGACUGCUUGUCCUGCUUCCCAUGAGAUGGUCAAAGGCCAUUGUGUCUUGAGGAAGUGCCCACCAAAGACAAAGAAAAUCAAGGAUAAAUGCUAUCAACUGAGCUGCCCUGCGGAUUUCAAACUAGUCGGAUGGAAAUGUCAUAGAUACCGAUGUCCAAAACCUUACUUCCUUCACCAGCAACGAUGCAUCAGAAUCAGGUGUCCAAAGGGCUACACCCUUCAGAAGAUGAAAUGUGUUUUGACCAGGUGUCCCAUUGGUUUCAAGUUCCACAAAGGUCGUUGUGUCAUUUUGGAAUGCCCAGAAAACUACAAUGCUUUCAAAGAUUCGUGCAAAGUUGAUAAAUGUCCAAAUGGAUACUCAAAGCACAAAAAUGAAUGUGCCAAGGUGCAGUGCGGACCAGGAUUUAAGGAAAAGAAGGGGACUUGCCAAGUGAAGAAAUGUCCGUCUGGAAGUGAUAAGAAAGACGACACUUGCGUUAAGAAAUGUGAUAAGAAGAAAUGCCAUGAGGAGAUCAUGUGCCCCAAGAAUGCGCAACUGAAGGAUGGCAAAUGCUUAAUGAAGAGCUGCCCCAAGGGAACCACGAUGGACGGAAACAGAUGCCUGAAGAUCAAGUGCCCCACAGGUUACAAGUUUACAAAAGGCAAAUGCAUCCUUGAAAAAUGUCCACCUGGAUUUAAGAAGUACGACAACAAAUGCUACAAGGUGGAAUGCCCCAAGGGUUACGUUCUGACAAAGUCCGGCCACUGCCAUCUGCACAAGUGCCCCACCAACUUCAAGAAAGUCAAAGGAAAAUGUGUUCCAACUCACUGCCCUCACGGAUAUGUGAAGAAGGGGAAGACGUGCAUCGCCAAGUCCUGCCCCAAAGGCUGGAUCAAGAAAGAUGACCACUGCGUCAAGGUCAGCUGUCCAAAGGGUUAUGCUCUGAACAAGAAAAUGCUCUGCGUCUUAAAGAAAUGUCCAAAGGGCUACAAGAUCAAGAAGGGACGCUGUGUCCGUCUCACCUGCCCUGAUGGUUACAAGUACAAGAAAGGAAACUGCUAUUUGAACAAAUGUCCAAAGGGAUACAAAGUGCACAAGGGAAGAUGCAUCAAGAUAUACUGUCCCAAAGGUUACUCAGCAGAAGAUGGCAUGAGCUGUCAACCAUCGUCUGACAUCGUCGCCAAGAAAGGAAAAGGAAGGGCUGCAAAGAAAGGAAAGAAAGCCAUGAAGAAGGGAAAGAAGGCCAAGAAGGCCAAGAAGGGGAAAAAGAAAGGAAAGAAGGUCGCAAAGAAAGGGAAAAAGAAGGCUAAGAAGGGAAAAAAGAAAGGAAAGAAGGUCGCCAAGAAAGGGAAAAAGAAGGCUAAGAAGGGGAAAAAGAAAGGAAAGAAGGUCGCCAAGAAAGGGAAAAAGAAGGCUAAGAAGGGGGAAAAGAAAGGAAAGAAAGUUGCAAAAAAGGGAAAGAAAGGGAAAAAGGGGAAAAAGGCUGCCAAGAAAAGUAAAAAAGAGAAAAAGGACAAGAAGAAAGCAAAGGGAAAAAAGAAAGCCAAAAAGGCCGAUGAGAAAAGUAAAAAGGAGAAGGAGGAGUAAACGAACGUGACUGGCCUGUCGUGGCUACUCCCUGAUAGCCAAGCCUACUCCCUGUUUCUGCUCACAUGUGUUUCCCUCUUCAUUUUCACAUAAUAAAGUCUGACUUCGAGAGAAGAAUGUGUUCAUAA